GGCGACGGCGACGCCGACAACCACUGCACGACAGCUCUCCGGGAGCACCGCAAGGAUGCGCGGCGGUCCGCGGUCGCAGGCGCAGCAGGCGGCGGCCGAGUCGAUGCACCGCGUGCAGGAGGUGGCGCUGCCCGAGCUGUCGCUGUCCGCCGAGUACUCGGUGUCGCGCACGCUGGCCGAGGGCUGCUUCGCGCGCAUCCUGCUCGCCACGCACCGCCGCACCGGCACCACCGUCGUGCUCAAGGCCGUCCACGCGGAGCUCACCAGCGUCGCGGACUUCCAGCGCGAGUUCCACUACAGCUACCGCGUCAGCCCGCACCCCGCCGUGCUCUCCGUCUACCCCGUCGCCUUCCGCGCAGACGGCUGCUACGUCUUCGCCCAGGAAUACGCGCCCCUGGGGGACCUGUCCGGGGCGGUGAAGGCGGGCGGUCUGCCCGAGGAGCAGGUGAAGCGGGUCGCCUCGCAGAUCGGCUCGGCGCUCGACUUCCUGCACUCCAAGCAGAUCGUGCACCGCGACGUCAAGCUGGAGAACGUGCUCGUUUUCACCGCCGACAUGACCAAGGUGAAGCUGUGCGACUUCGGGUCCGCGCGGCGCGAGGGCUCGCUGGUGUCGCGGGCGCGCUGCACGUGGCAGUGGUGCCAACCGCCCGAGGUGUGCGCGGUGCUGAGCCGCGAGCGCUACCACUGCCGCACGGCGGGCGACGCGUGGCAGCUGGCCGUGCUGGUGGUGGUAUGCCUGGCCGCGUCGCCUCCCUGGCAGGCGGCCGACCACAUCUCGGACGCCGACUACGCCGCCUUCUCGCGCUGGCAGCGCCGCCGCUCGACGCGCCUGCCGCCGCUCUUCCGCCGCUUCACGCCGCGGUUCCUCAGGCUGCUCAGGCGGCUGCUGGAGCACAAGGUGGAGAAGCGGGCGCCCGUGUCGGAGGUGGAGAAGUACCUGAAGGACACGUGGCUGGUGGGCGGCGCCAGCGCCGGCGGCCACGUGGCGACGGCGUCCGGCGCGGACACGUCGUCGAGCGCGGCGCUGCACGGCCGCGGCCAGCAGCCCAGCAGCGCCCUCAUGGAGGAGGACGAGGGCAAGGGCCGGCUGCGCAAGCUGCUCUCCAGCUACGGGCUCGAGACCACCGUCGACCAGCGGCUGGUGGCGCGCCGCGUCUGGGAGUGGGUGCUCGCGUGCGAGCCCGCAGAGACGGCUCUCGACGGGGUCUGAACCAGGUGCUCCUCCGUUUAGGAGACCCCUCUGCCCCGCUGCCCUCGGGCAGCGACGACUGAGCGCCACCCUAUCGGCGCAGGGCAGACCGUUCGGUGGUCUGGUGCAACGUGUGGCGUGGCUAAACGGAGUGAGGCAGCGGUUCGACGGUGGGCCAGCUACAGUGCCGUGUGUAGAAUGGUCUGGUGAUCCCUCACACCCCCUGAACUGUGAUAUACGCGCUGUGAAACAAUAUGAUGUGUAAUGUGAUACUGUGGGGAGAGGGUUUGGUCUGUGUCAAAUGCAAUAUUUAACUUUACCGUACAGUGCAAACGACCACAGAUUUUUGCACUGAGCGAGAAUCUGUAUUACAUUCCAUUGGCUUCAUGUCUGUCCUUUCAAAUAUUGUUUCGCUUAAAUGAUUCGUCGCUUGAAAGCAGAACUCUACGGGGACAUCUGAAAGUAUCGUUCACGUCACGUCAGUAGGCGCCUGUCCAUAGAUAGAGAGACAGAGAGAUAGGGAGAGAGAGACCCUUUAGGGAAGCGUGGAGGGGAUGAGUUUUACUUCCGUGGGGGGCUAGAUUGGGCGCACACAUCUUCCAUGUUGGAAGGCCUUACAGAGUGUUGCUGCAGACAGUUAAGACUAAAAUCACAUCGCUUCUGAAGCGUGACGUCGUCCAGUCAGGAGGGGAAUGUUAAUUGUCAUCCACGGUGCCCCAGGGAAGACUAAAUCUCAUUGGCGGCCAGGUGUUAGCAGGAGGUUCAAAGCUGGGCUCCCUUCUGAUGUGACUCGUAGUAUGGUACUCUCUUAUAGUAACUGGAGUGCAAACAAAUUCGGAUGAUAAAUCGACACCGAGGGCAGCUAGCAAAGUAACUGAAUGGCGUGAGAAGGGAGAGAGAGAUGGAAAACAUCAUGUGACGAGUAUGGCAGGGGGUGUUAUGUACGAAAAAAUAGACACCAUAUAAUUAAGGCGAUGACAGCCAAUCAUCCCUUCAGUAAAGAUGCUCACUAAGCUUGAACUCUUACGGGAAUCGGCGAAAUGCUGCGAGUAAUUAGGCUGAAGAGCAGGAGCAUACUACAAGUUGAGAAUUUGGGUCAGACGGGAGGCGUGCUAGGGAAUCCGUGCGGUUCAGUGCUCACACAGUGCUCUGGAUGGCGUACUAGUCAUCGCAUCUGCCUAGUAAACAGGGAACCUGGGUUCGAAUCCCAGUCCGCCACAAUUUUUCAACUUGCCGCCCACUAGCAGCUAAUGUCUUUAAUUCCUUUGUGUAUUGGAGGCAAAUGUGUUAGUACAAUGCAUUACUGUGGUUCUUAACAUCACCAUUCGAAACUCGAACAGUUACAUCUGUUUGACGUAGCUACUCAGCUGUCAGCUGCUCCGAGGGGGGCGAUUGGUCUCAGUGAUUCUCUCGCCCCCCCCCCCCCCUCCUCCUUCAUCGCCGACGUUUCUUAGUGGUACUAGGUUUCGAACCCCAUCUUCGUAAUGGAAUACUGGUUUACUGAUCGGUCAGUUACAAACACGUCAUGCGAACGUCGGGUACAAUUAACUUUCCUCCGGUUUUUUGCUCCUUCAAAUGGUCUCGAGACUCUACAUUUUCAGCCACGUCACGCAGCUGUCACGUAGGUUGAGAAUAGCCAAUGAGAAUCCCGAAGAAACCUCACAGGCCUUAGACCAACCGGUGUAGCUAGAAAAUCGUAAAAAAUUUAAAUAAAGCUCUGACGUGAGUAUAAUUAGAAAUGUGUAUCGCUGUUUGAGAAUGAACGAUUGCGCUUAACAUGCAAAAUGUAUGUUGAGCCAUGAAAGAUACUCUAAUUGCUAGCAGAUAUAAGAAUCACCUGCAAAAGACACGAGUUGGUGUUGAUUCACAAUUAAGGAUUCAGUUUUUAAAAGUUUAUAGUCUGACGUCUGAAUUGCGUUAUCCGCAAAGAAGCAGAGUUUCAGGAAUUGGAACAAGCAUGUAAAAUGGUUGGCAAGGCGCAUACAGAGACAGACUAAUAUGUUAUUUCGUGUGAUGGCACUGCUUUCAUAGGGACGAAUCUUUGAAAAAAACCUAUGUUACUGGAAUACCUUCAUCGAAUGAGCUGUGCUUUCCCGCCCAGUUAGGGAAAUUAAUCACAGUUUCGAGAAGGCAUUUUGUCUGAAUGUAAAGUGAAUUUUUCUCUUUUUAAUUUGGGAACCAUGCUAUAUCUGAUUGGAAGAAGAGAAUCUGAUCAAAAUACGUUCGUUUAUCAGAUACAUUCAUUUUAUUUUACAUUUCAAUGAACUGACUAUGGCAUUAAUGAGGAAAGGGAGCUCUAAUUACUCCCUGCUUUUUACGAUCAAGAGAAUAGAAAUUCUCUGAACCACUGUAUAUAUUUUCGCUGUAUUUUAUGCAAGUAUGCAUUUUAUGACAUCUUCAUAUAACUUGGCAAUUCUGCAUAUACACUGUAUACUUACAACAACUGAUAAAGUGUUAGCGAAAAAACUUUAUAUAAUAUAUGGAACAAUGUAAAUAGAAAAUCUUGCUCACGCUAUUAGAUCCAGUCCACAUGAAAGAUGUAUAUUUGUAACAGAACCUGUUUCAUACAGAUCUGUUUAUAGUAGAUUUCUAUACAAAUUUGUACCGUUAUAGCUUUGUUACGAACUUUGUAAUGGAAUUUAUGCCAUGUAAUAUGUAUACAAGCACCCAUUCAACAUCGUGCUCACAAACACUGUAGGCUCAUAUUAAAUAUGUAUUGAUUACUUAUACUUCGACUUGCUCGUACUGAAAAAACGAUGGGACAAUAUUUCGAUAGCUAUUUUGUAAAGCAAGAACUUUUAAUGGUUUUUGAGAUAGAGACAUUCGUUGAACUCAGACGUAUGUUGUAAUCUGCGGAAGUCGCCUAAAAUCUUUGAUGUACUUUUCUGUAGAUGGUUAUAUUCUGAUGAACGUUUUGUCUACACCAUGAGGCAAUAUAACAACUGAUAGGAUUAUAAUCUUGUGGAUUUCUGUGACUGUUUGAAUGAGAAAAAAAGAUGUAGUUUAAUUUCAUCAUAAAUGGAAACCAUUAAAGUAGUGCAAAUAUAAUUAUUUGUAAGCAAAUCAAUGCUGCAACGGGAUCAAGCGCAGUCUGCUAUGAGAUACAUUGCUCCAGAGCCCUAUAUCUACAUAAUUCAGAUGGCUGACUUGUGGAUGAAUAUCAGUAUUUCAUUUCGAUAAAUGUUACAGUUCUCCUUCGACAAAAUGAUUAGUAUAGAAACGCUUACGAUUCUAGUUUUAAUGAAAAGAAUAUUAUUUUAAAAGAAUAACCAGCUCAUAAGUUUCAGAAAUAACUUUCUCUUCAAUUGAGUCAGACAGUCAUAUGUUCACAAACUCUCAUUACACAUCCUACAUAAUGAGUCUUCAAAUGUUUCGCGCCCAUACGAGCAGCUACUUCCUGCGAAUUGUGUUGCAGCCACAUAUAUGCCGACAAUGUUCAGACUGAACACAGAUUUACUCUAACGACAAUACUACUGUAAAUUAUUCAGUUGAGCUAAAUAAAGCCACAUCCUGCACCAACAUUCUUUCUCAAAGUGGUUUAGGAGAAGGUUUCAUGAAUGUUGAGACUAACUAGGCGUCAAUUUUGAGUAUGCAGACUGCGAGGUUGAUAUUAAACAGUAGCCUCUGUUCUUUCAGUGUCUUCACUGUCUUUAAAUGUAUACUUUUUAUAUAAGUUUCUAUCCUUCCAUUUUGUAUACUAUUUAACAAGGAAAAUUUGCGCAUCUAAACUAUUCUGGACGAAAAAUCCUGUAUGGUACUUGAAAGCACAGGAAUGAGAGUAAGCUGAUCUCAAAUAGUUAAUAUUUUCUGUGAUUCUCCAUGGCAAUUCCAUAACGGAAUUGAAUCACGGAUACUGUAGGUAAAAUAUCAUUGUUGUAGCAAUAUUUUUUGUGUGAUGUAUGGUAAGUGGUUCAAUGGCACAUAGACAUCAACGUUAUUUUUAGAUACAAAACUGUUUAAGCACCAUAGUCAGAGCAGCGAUCUGUUAAUAAACUAGAAUAAUUUAUAGGCUGCAUAGCGUCUCCACGAUUGAUAGUAUUUUUGUAAGACCUCUUGGAAGGAACAAGAACAGAAAAAUGUAUUAGCAGCCCUCUGUCCCACGUCUUCCUAGAUAUGUAUUGUGCGAUGUGAAAAUGAAAUGUACAUUUGUGAAAU